UCCAGCAUCAUGCCAACACUUUUCGUUAUUAAGCUCAUCAAGGUCAACCCAUAUUUGCACCGGGGCAGAGUCCUAGGUCUUUUAGAUUGCUUAGUCAGAGUCAUAGAUUAGAAUUAGAUAGAUUAUAUUGUAAUUGUAGCCUAAUCUAUUACUCUGGCUUAGUUAUUACGUAAUUAUGAUAUGAAUUUGCGUAUACUACAAAGCGAAUUUUUUACCUAAAUCAAACUGGCAACGCAGAAUGUUUACAUGUGUAUUUCGUGCGAAAUAGAUUGCCAACCAACCGCCCAAAAAUAUCCGGGAAACGGGGCGGUGGUCGUUUCACUUCAUGUUUGUGCACGGCAAGCAAAACCAGGAUAUUACCCUUUCUUCAAUACCAGAUCUUCUUUCUCGUGUAAACGGUUCCACUCUCCCGUGUAAUUGCGUAGGAUAGUAGUAGUUUGGAGUUUGGACGUAUUGGAAGACUAAUUGUGUCUUGGUCAGAUCAAAUCAAAUCUCAACGAAGUUGAAAAGACGGAAGUAAUUGAAGUUCCAAAUACGCCAGAGGCAUUGGCUGCAUGCUUGCAAGUAUCUACAAGUUGUUAGAAGAUGGCAGAGGCUGAACAGCUGAAAUCAGAACAGGAUUUGUUAUUUAAUGGGAAGAAAUUGGUUUGCAACAAUCAGCGUUUAAAUCCAUACGUUGACGGGAUGUAUGGCGGAUAUUGGAAGCGCAUGGAAUAUCCUAGUAAACCCCGUGACCGAAGGGAAAAAUGGGAAAUGAUCGAAGUGGAACAAAAAGAAGCCCCAAUAAGAAGAACAAUGAAGACUGCCUUGAUGGGUGGAAAGACGUGGCUGACAUGCUCAUUAUCUUCAAUCACAACAAUAUCCUACGAGUUUACAGUUAUGAGGAGGACGUGGCCAAUGGAUGGAGGUAUUUUGCUCUGGAACCGUACAGUGCCACGUUAUACGAUUAUUGCAAUAGCAAGUACAAGGGAGCCAUGCCAAAUGAAUCGCAAGUUCUUUAUCAAAUUACCAACGGCGUCAGCUAUCUGCAUGGCAAAAGAAUCGUACAUGGCGAUUUAAAUCCGUUAAACGUCGUCAUUGCUGCCCAGUCCCGUCCUGUGCGCAUGAAAAUUUCAGAUUUUGGAUUGAGCAAAUUCAGUUAUAGCAAACGGCUGUUGGAAAAAGGAGAAAACAUUUCCUCUGAAGUGAAACUCUGCCUGAGAAAGUAUUGGACACUGUCAGAGGAAACUGACUCCCUGGAAGGCAUCAAAGACGCCACCGAAGAUGUCGUUGCAGCUGGAUGCAUUUUGUUUUAUUAUCUUACCCGUGGCGGACACCUUUUUGGUUGUGAUUCUAAGUCAAUCUUGAUAAACCUCAAGAAAAACAAUCCAGUCAAUUUAGAAAAUUUGGGUAAAAAUCAUUUUGCGUACGAGCCCAUCAAAAAUAUGAUAAAUCCCCCAGGAAAAGGAUUCAAUUGGUUACAAGUAGCAAAUGAGGAAUUUAAAGAAGCACUUUCACUCCAAGUCAACACCAGCAAACGACUUGGUAGUGGAACUUUUGGACAAGUGUUCGAGGGGACAUUUAACGGCGAUCCCGUUGCAGUCAAACAAAUGUCGACGACAACAGCUGAAAGAGAAAUUAUUCAAAGAGAAAUGAGUACACACAUAGAAUUGAGUCACGUCAAUGUGGUGAAACUCUGGCACGUCGCUGAUUCUGCCGACAAUAAAUUCACGCAUCUGGCUUUGGAAUUGUGUGCCGGGACAUUGAUGGAUUAUUGCCAAAAUAAAUACAGCGGACCGAAAUUGCCACCAGACGAAUUGGUCCUUUAUCAAAUCGCCAAUGGAUUGCAUUACAUCCACUCGAGAAAUUUGGUGCAUCGCGAUAUUAAACCGGAAAACAUCCUCAUUUCAAUGACGGCGCCCGUUCAGAUGAAAGUCUCUGAUUUGUCGUUUGUUAAGAAAACUCGGGAAGAUUUUUCGGAGACUUUUUCGCAGAGCGAAAUUAGAGGAGCUUUUCAGUGGCUAGCACCUGAGAGACUUGUGGUUUUAAUGGACACUGAAAACAAGUCUACCGAUCUGCCACAUGGAACAAUCAAAAGUGACACGUUUUCAUCCGGAUGUGUAUUUUUCUAUUUCCUGACGCGUGGCACACAUCCAUUUGGGAAAAAUCAAGUCUCUGUCCCUACUAAUAUUGUUCAAAACAAACCGGAGGAACUCGACAACUACAAGCAAAAUUUGGCGGCAGACGACGUAAACGGAAGAAUCCCUGCUGGUUUGAUUAAGUUGAUUGAGGAUAUGAUUCAAUUUAAAGAAGAAGAAAGAAUCGGAUUGCCUGAGGUCAUAAAACAACUAGCCGCUGUAUUGUACGGGAUGGACAAAAGCAAAUGUCAAUUGAGGCUCGUUGAAGCGUCGUUAGGUGGGGAUUACAUAAUCCGUUCCCACCCCACUGAACCGAUUCUUGUAUAUGCCAAUGAGAAAAAGUUAAUAUUUUACACUACAGAAAAUUUGACUAUUCCGUUUUCCAAUUGGAGAAAAAAGAAAGAAAUCCCAUUUCAUCAUCUAAACUUUAAGAGAGUUUAUUCGCUUGAGUGGAAUAUUAACGGGACACGACUAGCUGCUCGAUUUUUUGAUCUAACUCUCGUCGUAUGGAGUUACCCAGAGUGCGAAAUCCUCUUUCAAAAGAAAUUUCUGGGUUUUAUGACUCAAAUAAAUUGGAAUUCAACUAGGCCCAACUUAUUUGCUGCUUAUCAUAAGUUGAAUUAUCACCUUUUCGUAUGUGAUUCAUCCAUUGGCGACGUGAUCACCACAAUUGACUGUGAAAACGUGGCUGUGAAGUGGAUCUCUGAAAAUCGAAUCGCCGUCUCUUCUUUUAAUGGAACGAUCAAAAUUUUUGAAAUGGAGGAAAACAAUUUGACAACAACUCGACUCUUGAAAGAAUUCACACAUGGAAAAAAAUGUUAUUAUCUGGAGUGGAAUGAAAGGACCCAAUAUUUGGCCAGUGGUGGUGAUAAGGGGAUCAAGAUUUGGUCUAUGGACGACGACAAGCCAAUUUAUAGCCUGGAGUUAGAAGAACAUCGAAGUGAAUUUGCUUGGCGCUUAUGCACAGGAAAUGGGGAAGAAGAGGGCGGAAUCGAAAUGGCAAGGAAAUCGGCCAAAAACUUCACUUUUGCUUAUUUUUUUUUCAAGAAAUACAAAAAACCAAAAAGUGUAUCAAUUGCCCCCACUCUCCCCUACAUCGCCACUAAACGGCGUUUUUAUUUGGAAUCCUCUGGAAAACGGACAACAGCCGCGAUCGAAGAUACGGUCAUAGAAACGGUCGCCUUAGAAACGGUCGUCAUAGAAACGGUCGCCUUUUCAUCGGACGGUCGAUUUCUUGUAGCCGGGGGCAAUAAGAAUUUAAUGAUUUGGUCAGCGGAGGACUGGGUACAAAUAUGUCAACAUGGAUAUAAAAUAGAUAUAGUCAACAUGGAUAUAAAAAAGAGCGCAAUGAAUAUAUCAUUUUUCACCACAAAAUCUACAAACCUUUACGAGAAUAAACUUAUAGUCCAUUAUUUCGGGUUCAGCCGCUUACUUGAAUUCGCGUUCGAAGAAAGUAACAUUUCUGAUUCGGGCAGUGAAAUAUCAACAGAAUCCGAUGAGGAUGACAUAUUGACAUGGACCUUAAGUGAUAGAAGACGUGGUCCUUUUAAACGACUAAAGGCGCUAAUCUUCUAAACAGAACCAAGUGAAGAAAAUUUAGUCCUGCAAAAAAAAAAAAAAAAAAAACUUGAAUGAUAUUUUUAUCCAAAUGUAGUUUGCCUUUUUUAAACUAUAGAUGUUAGAUUAUUAAAUCUGAUUGUUUCACUGGCUCGUGCGUCUAUAGUUAAUCCGCUUUUCAUUUAGGACUGAAAGCAUCUCACCAAUUGCAAAAAAAAGAAUAUUUCGUGAUUGGAGAUAAAAAUCGUGAUGGAAAUGAAAUCGUGAUCGCGAUUGGUGGAAACUUACGUGUUCCAUCGCCAUCAGCAAAUUGCAGUCGUUUUUUUUUUCUUGUUAACUUCGAGGGUCUUUUUUAUUUCUUGCCUUUUCAGCGUCGCCACGUAUGUCUACCCUACAUUCACAUUUAGAGAAGGUCGGAAGGACGUGCCCAUCGUCGUGUGGUGAAUACAUGCCGUGCUUACCUGCUACAUCGUAACUAGAAUUUUAUGAUUGCUCCAAGAUUCUUCUUUUUUCCUCUGCGAUCGCUUCGUCUUCGGCCUGUUGACGCAAUUCUUCCAUGCGUCGUUCUUCCUCCUUCUCGGCCAAUUCCAAUUUCUUCAGCUGACGUCGCUCUUCGAGUAAGGCCGCCUGUUCUUUCUGCAAUUGCGUGAGAUCCUUGUGUCUUCGUUCAGCGGCCUCUCGUUCAGCCUUUUCCUCCAACGCAGCUUGCUCCAGCAUCUAUCAAGAAAAUUCGAAAAGUAUAUCAAUCCCAUUUUUGCUAGAAAUUAGAAAAUCGUCAGUAUGUUUACCCAUAAACGUUCGUUAAGUUCUUCUUCUUUCUGCGCUUUCUUUUUAAGCUCGAGCUGGCGCAAUUGUUCAGCCAUAUCUUCAUUCCAUUUGAUUCGUUGGGCUUGAGUCAUCUUUUCUAAUUCUUCAGCUUUUUUGUCCUCCAGUUCUCCCUUCUCUUCACAACCGUAUUCGAUCCAUAACUCUUCUCUUUCACGUCGCCGGCGCUAAGUUUAAUUGAUUGAAGAAGAAAAAAUUUGAAAAAUGUCAUUUCUCACGUGUUUAUGAUGUACCUCCUCGACUUCUAAAGCCUUUUGAAGCCGAUGGCGGAUGGAAGCAAGUUUCUCGGCUUUCUCUUUCCUUCCUUGCUGCUGCAUUUGACUCAAGCGACGUCGUUAGAGUUGGCAUUCUUCAAUUAAUCUAUCUUCCUCCAUUUCAAUAAACUUCUGGAUGGCUUUCCAUUGAUUCUGCAAUCUGA